AAUCCAUGAAAAUAAUCCUAUUGGACCCUUAUACUCCGCGCCAACAUCUGCUUCCACACCGGCCGGCAACUUUUUUGAUGAAGAAGAUGAACUCAUGUAUCAAUAUUUAGUACAAGGAACCCAAGCCGAAAUCAACAAUACGUUCGACGCGUAUGCAAGAAUUGAGCAUCUCCAACUGCCUUUCCAAAGAAUUGACGAUGUGCUAAAAUUUUGGAAGGGAAAGCAGUACACUGACCCAGAAUUGUACGAAUUAAGUAAUGUUUGUUUUGCAGUCCCGCCAACUCAGGUCACAAUUGAGCGAGCAUUUUCAACACUAAGGCUGGUUCUUACUGAUUACCGUAAUCAGCUUAGUCAGGAGACACUCGAAAAUAUUUUGUUGGUAAAACUGAACCCAAGUUUUCUUGACACAGCUAUAGAAACUUUACCUCUCUUCGAAGAUACACCAGAUGAAUAA